AUGAAGAAAGCAGAUUUAGUUUAUGUUGAUGAAAAAGAUAAUGAAAUUAAAGAAAAGGUUGAAUGGUAUCAUGAAUGGACAUUGGAGACUUUUAAAGUUAAAGCUGAUACAGAAUGGGUUUCAGGAUGUUUAGACCUUAAGGCAGAUAAAACUUAUGUUGAUGAAAAAGAUAAUGAAAUUAAAGAAAAGGUUGAAUGGUAUCAUGAAUGGACAUUGGAGACUUUUAAAGUUAAAGCUGAUACAGAAUGGGUUUCAGGAUGUUUAGACCUUAAAGCAGAUAAAACUUAUGUUAACUAUGAGUUAGAGAAGAAAGCAGAUAAAACAGAGCUUCAAACAUUAAAGACUGAAAUACUUCAAACAUUAUAUCCUAUAGGCUCUAUUUAUACAUCAAUGAAUUCAACAAAUCCCGCAACAGUUCUGGGUUUUGGUACGUGGCAGCAGAUUGUAAACAAAUUCUUAUACUGUGCUAACUCUUCAAAGCAAACAGGAGGCUCAAAGAAAAUUAAAGAAGCAAACUUACCUGCGCACACUCAUACAGGAACGACAAACUUUUCUGGCGACCAUAUACACUCAUUAAGAGACCACCCAUUAUACAACUCAGACUAG